AUGUCAGGUAAGAUUCUCCAUAACAAAGGAUAUGAUUUAAAUAUUAGGUUUUAUCCCACUGAUUCUUCUAUUCAAAUAUUAGGCAGGAGAGAAAGAUCUCGGUCUCCCAAUAGGAGUCGCAAUAGGAUUAAGGAUAAUCACGAUGGCACUAAAAUAAUGGAGGUACCAAAUGCAAUAAAUCCUAUGAUGAUACAAAAUAUGUUUCCCCAAGGUAAUAUGAUGAUGGGUGGAAUGUAUAAUAUGAUGAUGCAAAACAGCAUGAUGGCUGGGGGUAUAAUGCCACCCCCUGGUAUGGAAAUGAUUCCAAACCCAGGUCUUGAAAUUAUGCCACAGCAAACUAUGGAUAUUCAAGCUAUGGGAACCUCUGCCUUACCCAACGCGCCUGCAAAUAUAGAUAUGAGUAUGAUGGGAGGUGUCAUGAUGGAUCCAACAGUGAUGGCAAUGUAUCAGAACAUAACACCAAAUGUAUUACAAGAAAAAAAGGAAAUUGUGUUUAAACACUGUAAAUUAAUACCACCUGCACCAGGAUCAUCUGAACCACCUAAAAGAACAAGACCUCCUGGAUGUAGAACAAUCUUUGUUGGAGGCCUACCAGACAAAAUAAGGGAGAGUGUUGUGAGAGAUGUGUUUGAAAAUUAUGGUAGGAUCCAGAUCUUGCGUUUAUCAAAAAAGAACUUCUGCCACAUACGUUUUGAUAGAGAAAGUUGUGUAGAAGCUGCUAUGGUUAUAUCAGGAUAUAGAAUAAAGCUAAUAAAUCGGGAUAGUGAUAUGGAUGAAGAUGACGAUGAUGAUGAGGCACAGGGAACUAAUGGAUGGUUGCAUGUUGACUAUGCUUUGAGUAGAGAUGAUCAGAAUGAAUAUGAGAGGCGACAGAGACAGGCUUUGAGGGUGCAGCAGCAAAUGCAACAAUUAUCAGCUCAGCAGGAACUAGCUGAUAAUAGUAUGAACUUCCAGCCCCGCUCUCCAUCUCCUGUUAGGCUACAGCCAUUUUCAAAUGCUGCCAUAACACAAUUAGCUGAAAAAAUUAAAAGUGAAGAGGCAUUUGCUCCAACACUUCCAACUCUGAUAUCAUGGCUGGAGCGUGGUGAAUGCUCAAAAAAGAACUCCAAUCAGUUUUAUUCAAUGUUGCAAGCUACAAAUGCUCAUAUUCGUCGAUUGUUUAGUGAAAAAAUGCAGGCAGAGGAGGAAUUAUCUGAAUGCAAAGAAAGAGUGAAAAAUACUAUACAGAAAGUGAUUGAACAACUCGAACAGGUGGCGAAAGUGUUUAUGGCGGCCACGCAUCAGCGAGUCUGGGACCAUUUCACAAAACCACAGCGGAAAAAUAUUGAGACAUGGCAGAAAAUGACACAGGAGUUUAGUACAUUGAAAGAGGAGUUCAAUGAAAAAUUCUUCGCUGAUGAGAAUGCUGAGUAUAAUGGGUUUUUAAAUAAGCAAUUCUGUGAUAACAAUGAAGAUCUCAAGCGGUUAAAGGUAGAAAAUGAGAGCCUGCAAUUCCAGUUAGAGGCAUACAAAAACGAAGUCGAUGUGAUAAAGGCCGAUGCACACAAGGAAAUGGAAAAAUUCAAAGCACAAUUCAUUGCGCGACAAGCUUUGAAGGGGACGUUUGAUAAAAAUCCUCCUUUGCCAUCGCCUGUUUCAAAACCUCCCCCACCGCCGCCAUUACCGGAAGAAGGGGAAGCGAGAAUAAAACCGGAUGUUGAACCGCAAUGUGGGGAAGCUAAGCUUAUUGGAGUCAUGUCUGCAUUUUUACAGGUUCACCCACAAGGCGCGAGUCUUGAUUACGUAGUAUCCUAUGUCCGUGCAUUGUUCCCGAAUGUCUCACAAUCAGCAGUCCAUGAUGUUCUCCAGAAAUUCCCAGAGGUAUUUGAAAGGAGCACGAGUGGCGUUGGCGCAAAUAUUGAACACAAAUGGAAAUUUAUCGCGUUUAGUGCAUAA